ACAAAACCAGUGAACAGUGCACACAACGAGUCCAACCUGAACCUACAGCUCCGCACCGCUGGGGAACUGCUGCUGCUGCUGCUACUGUAACGAUGGGGGUGACAAUUAAAGUCGAAUACUGUGGUAGAUGAGGGUACGAACCCCGCUAUCGAGAGCUCUCCCAUGUUGUCAAGGAAGAGUUCAAAGAUGCGGAGGUGUCGGGCAGCGUGGGAAGACAAGGUAGCUUUGAAGUUGUAAUCAACGGGGAGCUGAUCUUCUCCAAGCUUGAACAAGGAGGCUUUCCAUACGAGGAUGAUAUCAUGAAUGCAGUCCAGCUGGCUCAUGAUGGUAAACCUGUGGAGAAGAUCACCAAAAGUCGAUCCCCGUGUGUCAUCAUGUAGACCUGCCUCAGGUUUGCUGCAUCAAGACAGGCCAGUGCAACAUCCAAUACCACCUCAGGUUUACCCCCAAUCCUAAUAUAAAUGGGCGGGGAUAAAAACGUGCUGUAUACAAACCCAACAAAGAUGUGCUCCGACCUCUAGCUGCUGUCUUAAAUGCUGACCACCAAACGUCUAGCUCCCCCUCUUUGCUCUCAUUGUGGUGCUUCAGGCUGCUAAUGAUUACUAUGACCCAAAAAAGUGAAAGGUUAAAGUAUGAUGAAUUCCUUCAUAGAAGUUCCUUAUAAUAAGAGUUCAGACGGGGAGAAGAUGUUUAUGGGAAAUCACUUCACUUUUCUUACUGCCUGGCAUUCUCUCACUGCCUAAUUGUUUUAUGUUUUUUUGUUUACUGAACCCUCUUGUAAUUACACAUUUUCAUUGAAUGCAAGGAAAAAGUAGUUGCACAUAAAGGGAGACUGCCUCUUGGAUUCUGCGUCUUCACCGCUCUAUGCUAAACACAUGUUAAUAUCUGCAAUCUGUUCUAAGAUUUCAUUGUUCUUAACACUCAUUACUGUAAAGGUUGUGAAUAAUGAAGCAAUGUUACAUAAUUGUGGGUAACCAAAUGCAAAAUUAGGCCUACAAUAGUUAUGUCUUCAUAAUUAUGAAACUGGAAUAGUUUUAAACUUCUGCUUUUUUAACAUUGAACUCCUCAGUUAAAACUGGGCGAUCAUCAGAAGUGCUUCUGAAGACCACCAACCACUGGUCUGUCAGCUCUCACUAUUGUAUGUCAGCUCUGUUUGUCUAAAGUCAUUUAACAUAGUUAAAUCAGAUGUCAAAACUGUAGUAUUUAAAUAAAGGUAAUGGUUCUUUAA